CCAAACUUGCUCUUCUUCACACCAAAUAUUACAAUAUUAUCUUCUUCUUUAAUUUCCCUCUCAAGUACCUCAAAAAAAAAAACCAUGAGAACUAUGGUUGAUUUAGGAAAGCAAAGAGGUCGUCAUCACAUGCAAACCAUAAAUACUGCGACUACCCUCGACUGCGCUAGUGAACUCCGUCACCGACGAACUCUCCGUUCAUUCAUCGAAUGCAUGCUCCCAUACUGUUGCACUUACCAACAACCUUCUCCUUCAUACCAAAAGGACACCGUUUCAGUCUCUUCCUCUUCUUCGUCCUCUUCCUCUUCAGACCAUUCCUCCUCCUCCUCACAUAGUAACAGCAUAGUUAGUGGAACUUUCUUCGGCCACCGUCGUGGAAGAGUCAGUUUCUGCCUCCAGGAGGACGCCUCCGUGGGAUCUUCGCCGCUUCUCCUCCUUGAACUAGCUGUUCCCACGGCGGCUUUAGCCAAAGAGAUGAAUCAAGCAGGUGUUCUACGCAUAGCCCUCGAGUGUGACCGUCGUCGAAGCACAAACAGCAGCAACAGUCGAGUGUCGUCGAUCUUUGACGUUCCUGUGUGGUCGAUGUACUGCAACGGAAGGAAGAUGGGGUCUGCUGUGAGGAGAAAGGUGACGAAGAACGACGCCGUUUUCUUUAAGACGAUGCAGUCUGUUUCGGUCGGAGCUGGAGUUGUGCCGUUGGAUGAGGAGGAGCAGACGCUUUACUUGAGAGCCAAGUUCGAGCGAGUCACUGGGUCGAGUGACUCGGAAUCGUUUCAUAUGAUGAAUCCUGGUGGUAGUUAUGGACAGGAGCUUAGUAUAUUUCUUUUGAGAUCGUGAGAUUGAGGGUUAGAUUAUAAUAAGUUUCUUGUCUUGUUACUGUUUUUUUUCUUAGUUCAUGUAUAUUGUAAAGUAAAACUACCAAAAUGGUAUAAUAUGUAUAUGCAAUUUAUCAUGUGUGUUUCUCUCCAAAAUGUAU